AUGUCAAUCUACAUCCUCUUCCUUACAGCUAUUGCUGCACCCAUAACCAUUGUUUUACUUCUCUUUCUAAUCCCCCUUUAUCAGGACCUUUCCUACCGCUUUCAGGUCUGGCGUCAAAGAUCCCAUGUGGGAAGCCCGCCUACCUUUUACUCACUGCCCUUUGGCAUCCCGGUUUUUACCCGAAUCCUUAAGCGCUUAUUAAAAGAAAAAACUCUGAUGCCAUUUUUUGAAACGCUUUGGCACCAUCGCAAGGCUGCAACGUUUAGACAGCAGGUAUUUGGCCAAUUUGGCAUUUGGACUAUAGACCCAGAAAACAUUAAAACAGUUCUAUCCACAAAUUUCAAGGAUUACUCGUUUGGCAAUAGAAAUGGGGCAUUUGCUCCUCUUCUAGGUGAUGGAAUCUUUACUCUGGAUGGACAAGGCUGGAAACACUCAAGAGCAAUGCUCCGACCUCAAUUUACAAGACAGCAGAUUGCCCAGCUUGACUCCAUAGAGCGCAAUGUGACUACUCUUAUUUCUAUCCUCAAGGAAUCUCCAGGUCAAGUCAGAGACAUCCAGGCUCUAUUUUUCCAGUUAACAAUUGAUACUGCCACUGAGUUUCUUUUUGGAGAAAGCGUACAGACGUUAUCAGGUGGGAACCCUAAGAUUGUUCAUGCACUAGAGUUUGGUAAGGCUUUCAACGCUGCACAAGCCGUUCUUGCCAAACGCAUUAGACUUAAUUCUUUCUACAAUGCACUCAACCCUAGGGAAUUCCAAGAUUGGUGCAAAACAUGUAAGUCUUUCAUCGAAUCCUAUGUUCAGAUGACUUUAGAUAAACAACAGCAGAAUAAGAAUAAGAAUCAAGAUCUGAGCCAGGGUCACUCUUACGUUUUUUUGACUGAGCUUGCCAAGGAAACAAAUGACCCAAAGGUACUUCGCGACCAAGCUCUCAACAUUUUGCUUGCAGGACGAGACACAACCGCAUCUCUUCUUGCUUGGAUCUUCUAUAACCUAGCCAUCCACCCCAAAGUCUUUGCACGCUUGCGUAAGGAGAUCCUUGACCAGUUUGGCACAUCUCCUUCCACUCUUUCAUUUGAAUCCCUCAAGCAAUGUACAUACUUACGCUACGUCAUCAACGAAACACUCCGACUUUAUCCUCUAGUUCCUGUCAAUGGGCGUUGCGCUAUUCGUGACACGUACCUGCCACAUGGUGGAGUAAAUCCCGCUGAUCCGGACAACUAUAUUGGCUCUAAGCCCGUUUUCGUUCCCAAGGGGACGGUUGUUGGGUACUUUGUGUACGUGUUGCAUCGCGACCCACAUUAUUGGGGGGCUGAUGCCGACGAAUUCCGUCCCGAGCGCUGGGCCAAGCACCGUGAAAAUGCGCACCCUUGGGAUUACUUGCCUUUCAAUGGAGGACCUCGGAUCUGCUUGGGCCAGCAGUUUGCGCUGACAGAGGCAGGGUAUGUAACAGUAAGACUGUUGCAAGAGUUUAGCGAGAUUCGAGGCGGUGACACGCUACCUGUGCCGCCUAAGUUGGAAUCCCAGUUGACGAUGAGUGUUUAUGGCGGGGUCCCCGUGGCUUUGGUUUAG